CGUUGGUCCGCAUUAGUUGCAGUGCGAUCGCGAACGGGUAACCAUGGUGAAGAUACGAUCGGUGGUGUUUGCUGUGUGUCUAACGGUGGCAGUGAGCCUCUUCUGUCCAACUACAGCACGACCACAGUUUUCCUUUCUCGGAGGCAUCGGAGUACAAACCCCGGUCGGUGGAGUGCAUUUGGGUGUACCGACGGGGCUAACCGUUAAUGUGGGCCGGCAACCUGUGGCCCCGAAAAGUCCAGCAAUUGUAACGCCCUUGCCAGAAGCUCCACAACCAAUCGCGGAGAGCAGUGGUGCUCCUGAGGAAGAUUUAGGCACGCGGCUUGAAGGAGCUUCCGAGAGUGCACCAGACGUAACGGAGGCACCAAUUCACAUGGAAGUGAUCGAGGUUUCCCCGUCGGGCGAAAUUCCCUGUCAAAAAGUGGAACUACCAAGUGACCCAUCAAACGAAACAAUCGCUGACAAUGAGGAAGGCAACACGACGGAGCUGCCGUGUCUAGGGAUUGGUGCAGGCAACCGGAUUAGUCCGAAACAGGCUGCAUUACUGUCACUAGUUGGUUAGCAAUUGAGUUCGGGAUGAAUGUGAAGAAAGUGUAUGUUUAAAAUGAAAAAGCUCUUGCAUCAAUUUUGGCUUCCGACUUGCUAAUACAACUCCAAGUGGCUCGUCAAGCUAUACCCUUCUAGCUAAGAGGUUCAGCUUCCGUCCGACACCGUCCAACGCUGCAAACGAAAAAGGGUUUUCCCCGGUUCUGAGAUGUGCCGCUCUGCCCAAAAGAUGAUAAAUUUAAAGUACGGUCAAGUUAGUUUAGUCA